AAAGAAGGAAAGGCAGCUUUUCCUGCCAGGGGAUGAGAGGAGGUUGAGGGAGGAAAGGAAGCCUGGCAGGGACAGAGAAACUGGAAGGGGUGCCUUCCCUGCUUUUUUCCUGUCCCACCCAGUCUGCCUGCGCCCCUUUGCCCACUGGAAUUUUGGUCCCACUGCAAAAUCUUUUCAUUCCUUCUCUGUCAUUUGUGUUUCCCCGGGUUCCCUUUCUCCUUGGGUUUCUGUAUCUCUGUCUCGAUUUCAGCCUCUGGAGCCUCAGUUUCCCUGUCCGUAUAGGAAGGGGCUGGCCUCUUCCAGCUUUACUAGCAGCAUUCUCGGGCUCUGGCUGUGUGCGGCUCUCAGUCUCCGUAUCUCUGCGGUGUCUCUGUCUCCCUCCCACUCGGAGUGGUGUGACUGGCUCUUUAUCCCCAGCCAGUUAGACUGGAAAGGGGUGAAGACUCUUACUAGCGCCAUGACAGGCCUCCCAACCCCACCUCUUCCGAAAGCAGAAGAGCUGAUGUCCACUCCGCUCCUCCAGGACACCGAAACCCUGACUCCUACAGCUGUUGCCAACACUGCAGUCAUCGCAGGUGUUAUCACAGUGGUCUUCAUCACUCUGCUCUCAGUCCUGGUUGUGAUCAUCAUUUACCUGUACAAGAACAAAGGCAGCUAUAUCACGUAUGAGCCCCCCGAAGGAGAAGCCAGUGCCACUCUGCAAAUGGAGAGUGACUCGGUCCAAGGGAAGAAAGAGGAGUAUUUCAUCUGAGGACUCCCCCAGACUCCUGGGCCUCUAACUGCAAGACCUGGGGACUGAGGGAUCCAUUUAUGAGGCGAAAACGUGUCUGAAGCCAGAGGUGGGUGUUGAUAAUGGGCAGGUCUGUGCUCUCUCCGGGUCCGGAUCCAGGGACACUCCUGACCUGGGUGCCAAGAACAGAGCCCUGCGGGACCAGGGAAGUAGAGGAAGCAGACUCCGAUGCCAGGCUCGUCGCGGCUCCCAAUGUCAGACCAAAUGGCCUUUAUAAUUAAGCAGGCGAGGACUAACUCCUAGCAGGUGGCCAUUUCCCUAGGACCCUUCUACACUCUUGCUUUAUGGGAGGCGGCCAGUCCUACUCCUCGACGCAUGAAGAACCCUAAUGACGGGUCCCAAAAAGUUAUCUGGCAUCCUGAUGACUCUGCAGCCAGCUUGGGGAGAGGAAGGCUGCUCUUAUGGGGGUAAUCAUUGAACACAUCAGCUGAGCUCACCUGCUGGUCAUCUGGGCUGACCCUUUCCUCGAGCCCUCUGCUUCCCAGACCACUCUUAUCCCAAUCCAAUCUUGUAUUAGCGAUAUCUUUUUUUUUUUUAUCAGAAUUAAAACUUUUUAUCACAAGAAAUUUUGAUUCUCAUUUACAGGAGGCAGAGAAUAAUAGUCGGCACUAAAUUAUUCACAUUUGGGAUUUAUCUAGACAGUAGUAGGAGUAUGAAGCACAUCGCAGAUAAUCCAAUAUGUGUAUAUUUAUUUAGUUCUACAUUAUAUCCAUGUAAUACUGGGCCAUUAAUUAUAUACAUUAUAAAAAUGACACAAAAAAGGAUAUUGAAAAGGAUGAGAUAAAGCUGAUAUAUGAUACCAGAGGGAGCCAUUGAAGUGUUUUGAGGCCAGGAGUGACAGAAUCAGAUAUGCAAUUUAGGAAGAAUCUCUUUGUUGACUAUUUAUGGAGGAUGAAUUAGAAAAAGUAAAGAGUCGAAAGCUAGUGGCUCAGUGGAUAGAGUGCCAGGCCCAGAGACUGGG